AGUUGUUGGCUUGCGUUACUUUCGUGUGGAUCGAAGUUGUUGUUGCAUGUGUUAAACUAAGUUAGAAAAUAAGUUGAGAGAAAAGAAAUUGAUAUACAUAUAUGCAUAUAAAUUUUUUUUAAUUUAAUAUAUUUUUAAAUGAUAUUAAAACCCACAAAAAUACGAAAAAAUUGCUGAUGUCUACAAAUAUUUUAUAAACAAAUGUGCAGGAACUUUAAAUGUUUUCACCCAAAAUGUGCUUAUGCAUAUAUAUGUAGAUAUAUAUAUAUAUGCAUGUAUAAGUAGAAACAUGUUAUUUUCACGCUAAUAAAUGAAAUUUAAACCGGCUUUGUGUAUAUGAUGACGCAGUGAACUUACAAACUGCCAAGAUCAGUGCAAAAGAACAACAACAAAAACUCUUGGCAUUCAAUUUCUAUACAACAACAAACACUUUAGCUUUUACCCUGAUGACGUCGCGAGUUGUUUUCCUUUUAGAUAAUUUUCAUAAUUUUACAAUAAAAUACAAGUUCAAAAUGGUGACGCAAGAAGCAGCAUUUCCAUUUAAACGAUAUAAACCAAAUGUACAUUGUUGUUGUAGUUGUAGCACAACAAAUACUAUUAAUAAUUUAAGUUUUACUCUAGUCUUAUUUUGUUUGUUGUUGUUAUUACAAAUAACAACCACAACAACGACAACAAUAACAAAUAAUGCAAUGUUAGCAGAAAUGCAUACAAUAGCAAAUACACCAGUUGCAAGUAAUGCGCAGCUGCAGCUGCAGCGUAGACACGCUGCUGCCGCCAAUUUGGUAAGCAGCAAUGUUAAUGAUAAAAACUCAGUGUUGGUUAAUAAAUGUUGCGAAAAAUUUGAAAUUCAUGUGGAUACGGCCUGCACGCAAGUGAAUGAGAGUGAACAAUUUCAACCGAUUUUUACUAGCUACAAUGGCGAUCCCAAUAUGCCGGUAAAUUUUAAAUUUGUUAUCGGAAUACCAGCCUGUGGAUCGAUGCAGACAUGGCGUAUUAACUACCCUGGAAGCACCGAUAAGUUAGUACUUCUUGAAGACGGGAAACUGCGCCAUUAUACAAACACUGAAGAGGAAGAAUAUGAUCAGUCGAAAUUUGAGGAUGAAUUCGAUGAAGACAAUCAACCAUUAUAUCAUGAUUAUGCACAAGGACAAUACUGUAUUGAUAAGGCUAUCUCUACCAAAGGAGAUUACAGACAGAUAUUAUAUGCCAAAAUAUGUCUAGCUAAAAAGGAGAUCCAGUGGACUGAUAGUAAUUUUUUGUUACGUAAAAUACUGAAUCCCAUAUUCCAUGGUAUAUCAUUGAUUAUUCUUCUUAUAAUUGCUAUAGUUUAUUUUAUUUUGCCGACAUUAAGCAGAGAUCUUGUGGGAAACAUUAUUACAACAAUUGCAGUUUGUUUAAUGGUCAGUCAGGCUGCAGACUUAGUGCGAAUAUUUACAGAAUUUACAAAUCAUGUAAGCUUCAUUGUUGCAGAUAUCAUACUCUGUUUUAGUCUGCUAGGUGCAUUCUUCUGGCUUAAUAGUUUCGGCUAUUAUAUAUGGAAAACAUUUCGUUCCAGAAAUGUAUUUUUGCGCGUUACAGACGGUCGUAAAUAUUGUUACUAUUCGGUUUAUGUUUGGGGUACAACAGCGCUUCUGGCGGCUACUGCUGUUUUUGCGCAUUUCUUCCUUGACGCUGAAUCAUAUAAAAAGCAAAAUUUGAUUGGUGAUCAAGAAACUAUCGGUUGGCUAGGCAUCGCUAUAUUUUUUGCACCAAUUGCGUGCACAAUUUUAGUUAAUAUAUUUUUCUAUGUAACGACAUUAAAGCUGAUCAAUCGCCGUAACGUAUAUGGACGCAUACAACAUAAGUUAAAAGCAAAUUUCAUAAUGUUUUCACUUAUGUUACUGGUUAUGUCUAUAAGUUGGCUGUUUUUAAUUUUUUCGUGGCUGGAAUUAGAAGGUCUACUUUAUGCGCAUAUUAUCGUUAAUGCCAUACAGUCACCAUUGUUGCUUUAUAUAUGCGUUAUACGACAAAAACAUGUUACGUUUCUACUUAAGAAAUCCUGCUGCUACAAUGAACCGCCAUCAACAAAUGAUUGGGGUGAUGAAAUGCAUUACAUGAACUGCAAUGAUUACUAGUGAUUAUAAAUGCAUUAUGAAAGCACGGGAAAUCCUACAUUCUCAGUUAUCAUUCUCAUUUUUCCACAUAUGUUACUUUUCUACCAUUUACUAUUUAUACCGAACUAGAACUUCGAAAUUAACAAAAAGAUGCAGGUAUAAUUUUAAAAAGUGACGUCAGAAAUGGUGCUUGGACCGAAAUAUUAAAAAUUCCAGUAGCUUUAAAAAACCUUUGAUACUAGGAUAACAUUCAAAAAUGCAAAAAAAUAUACAUUCAAUUAGUGUUUUAAUAACAACAAUAGUAUUUCAAAUAA